AUGCUUGGCAUUGGAGGCUUCAAGAUGGCCCAUUAUGGGUUCUUGACGCUUUUAUCAGCCCCCGAAACUCCUUUAGGUUCAUGCCCACGCCAGAAGGUCGCCAUCAAGCGACCAUUUUAUAAGAAGUACCCUCCAGGCAGCAGCACAAACCUGAUUAAUUUUUUGAUUGGACGCUAUACAAUAGGUGACAAGCUUCCAAAGCUGUUCAGAGAGGCAAAUGUCUUGUACUGGGCACGCUCAUUGCUCACAUUUGCAUAUGAAUACAUAGACCAUUGUGUUGCUAAUUCAUCCGACACUCCGCCCUUUCACAUCCCUCGCUUGCAUUUUGUCAAGGCUGGUCUCGCAUUGUCACACAAUCACACACAACCUGGCCACAAAUCAAAGUCACUGACCAUGCCUCGGGCUGGGUACCUCGUCAAAGAGUUGAUCACUGACGAUUUCAUCAAAUAUAUCCAUAAUAUGGAUUGCAACCCAAUGCUUGAUCCAUACGAGGUUGGCUAUGAAAUUGCCAAAUUUCUAGCUUGCACACAACACAUACAGUUUGCCAAAACCGGCGGUCUCGCGUUCAUCUCCGAUUACCAAGGUGGAUUGGAGAUUUUGUCUGACCCUCAAGUUCUUACACAUCCAUACGUGAUUUUAAAAAAAAAUAUUACUCAUAACUCAACUGGGGACUAUAGCCUGGUCAACAAAGGGAAGGAUGAUAUCUUUGGGGAUGGCAACAUCAAAUGUGCAGUUAGCACGUUCGAGAAGGAGCACAAUUGCAACAAAUUUUGUAAAUGGAGUGGCUUUAAGUUGAAAAUUUACGAAGCAGAGAUGGAGACAGAUUAA